UUUUUAGGCUGCAGGUCAAAUACCGGACGGAUAUAGUUUGGUACCUGCUUUUUAAGUUGCAACUGUAUCCAUCAUGUCCCGUGACUUGAACAUGGAGCAAAUCCCACCUCGUCCGCCCCCGCCUCCUCCUCCGCCUAAAGUGGCGACUCCACCGCAACAGCUGCCGCAUCCGAACGCCUUCAAAGUCGUCCUGGAAGAUCAGCUGUCGUGCCAGGAAUGUACGCCAUUCUACUUGGCUCCUCCUGGCGUGGACCCCUACUUUUUCCACGCGCAUCUGAUACUCAACCAGCCUGACCCGCCGAAACAUGAGCGUUUCUCGGACCUUGUCCACCUGGAGCCGCUGAUCAACUACGGCCUGGUUACUUCUCAGAACUACGGCACUCUGGAGGUCAUGCUGAAGGCUAUCCAGCAUGCGCUGGCCAAGCGCCGAUACCACCACACCAGACCGUUUGACCCCUUUCAGACUGGGUCCUGAGCACGUCCGUUCAAGCCACUGCGUUGCUGUGUAGCCCUGACACCCCUUUUAGUGUGACAAUUCCUCUAUCCCUGCCUUCAUCACACACCCGCCCCACUUUUAACCCCAAGGGUCUUGCUCCAAUAGCAAGAGCUCGGGCUUGUCCAUUACGGAUUCCAGAAGCAGGAAUUUUUUUUUCGGCUCUGUGGGGAAAAUUAAGGGAGGGGCUGGGGAAUGUUUAUGAUGAAGUCCGUGAACGUACUUAAUUAAUUUAUUAAAUUUGUAUUCUAUUUUAAUUUCAAAGGAACAUGACAAUGUGACAUGCAUGGCUUGCAUAUAGGCAAGCACGAUCUAUUUAGGGACCAAGACGACUGUUCUAAAAAUGACAUCUUGACAAGACGUUACUCUGUAGAGAAUAUUCUAUGGUGCGGUAAUCUUAGCGGGAUUUAGUUGUUUUUUUUUAAAGUUUGUUCUUUAGAAAGGGGGGGAGGUGGGUGUUAGGCACUUUUUUUUUUUUCCUUUUCAGGACGCCACUCGACCAUUUGACAAUACUGAUUCUUUUUAAUGACGAUACUGAGGACCAAUUUUAAUGACGUUACAGGGGAUUUUUUAUAAUGUAGCUUUUGGGUACAACUGGUGACCUGAAUGACGACUCUACUGCCAAUUCUUGUGACUCGACACGACUGCUAGGUAUAGUUUUCUUUUGGCCCGAUGCUACUUAACGGCGAUUUUGGGCCCGAUGCUACUUAACGGCGUUUUUGGGCGUUUAUUUUUUUUUUUGGCUGGAUGCUACUUAACGGCUUUUUUUGGAUUUUUUUUUUCUGCUCCAUGCUACUUAAUGGCUAUUCCAUGACUUCUUUUGACAUGUCCCUAAUUGGGAACAGGCUUCAGAGUAUCGCAGAUUGGAUGGAGACCGACCUCACCUGUCACUGCCAGAGUCCACUCAUUGGACUCCAUUGUGCAAUCAGUCGGUCAAUAGAAAACAAACUGAUCAA